ACGGCACACACUAGGGAAUGAUGACUACCGUUUCGAUAGCUCUAGUAUGUCUUCAUCUAGUCCUGCUAGCAGAAGUUUAUUCAGCCCCGGAACGAUCCCGCGUACAACCAGAAAUAACUCCAGCUCCCACGCCUUACCCUACACACCCAAUGGAUGAUCCUGAGUGGGAACCUCCCCAGGGACCGCAGUUGGAACUGGACCAACACUAUUGGAUCACUAGCGGUCAACAGUUGCUCGGUGAGCAACUGUCCAAGAAUCGGGUCGAUUUGAAUGUCGCAGAAAAUGUAAUCAUCUUCAUAGGCGAUGGAAUGUCGAUUGCUACACAGACGGCAACCCGAAUGUACAUGGGUGGAGAGAAUAUGUGCCUUGCUUUCGAGCAGUUUCCGUACUGUGGAUUAGCGAAGACCUACUGCAUCAACUAUCAAGUUUCGGACUCGAGUUGUACGGCCACAGCGAUUCUGACGGGUGUGAAAAAUAACUAUGGAACUAUUGCGGUCAGCGGUCAUGUACCGUUGAUGAACUGCGAGAAGAGCUUGGUGGAGGAAAAUCGCCUUACUUCCAUUCUACGAUACGCCCAACAGGACGGUCGAUCCACGGGAAUUGUAACCAACACUCGGAUAACGCAUGCUACUCCAGCUGUGGCGUAUGCUUUUUCCGGUGCGCGAUACUGGGAAGAUGAUGAGAGCACACCGGCCACCUGUCCGGAUAUCGCUAAGCAACUGAUUCACGGAGAAAUUGGUUCCAAUUUAACCGUGGCCAUGGGUGGUGGUUCCAGACACUUCUAUCCGGUGGGAUCAACCGCGGCUCACGGUGCCUCCGGUCAUAGACAGGAUGGUCGUUUUCUGACCCAUGAAUGGUUAGAAUCGGCUUCCCAGCGAGGUGAACGAGCCGUUUACGUCCACGACAGACAGAGUCUGUCCGAAGUGAACGCUUCGAAUGUGGAUCGGUUGCUGGGUCUCUUUGCGUCCAAUCACAUGAGCUACCGGAUGGAGUUUGCGGUGCAGGAACCAACAUUGGAGGAGAUGACCGCCAAGGCUCUGGAGGUACUGCAGAAAAAUGAUCGGGGAUACGUGCUGAUUGUAGAAGGCGGUCUCAUCGACCAUGCCCACCAUGCCAACGUAGCCCGCUUGGCCCUGGACGAAACGGUCGAGUUCCAUCGGGCCGUUCAGCACGCGGCUCGCACGACGGACGAACGCGACACGUUAAUUGUUGUAACGGCCGACCAUUCACACACUCUCACCAUGGGCGGUUAUCCGGUGCGGGGCAAUAACAUUCUGGCAACCGGUGAUUUCUCACGCCUGGACCGGAUGCCGUUCUUCACACUUACGUACGCAAACGGACCGAGUUACUUCCAGCAUUUCCCGCCGGGUGGAACCGGUCGUACGAAUCCUUUGUCGAUGAACUGGCAGAAUCCGUUUUUUGCUUAUCCCGGUGCGGUUCCUUAUGAGGACGAAACCCAUGGCGGUGACGAUGUAGCUGUGUUUGCACGAGGACCACAUGGCCAUCUUUUUACCGGACUGUACGAGCAGCAUUUGAUUGGCCAUGUACUUCUGUAUGCCUCCUGUUUGGGACCCGAUCUCACGAGGAGAUCAGAUGCCUGUCAGAAACGGCUCCGGGGAAUCAGUGACACGCAAACUGCUUCGUCCAGUUUGAUAGCUAUAAGUAUUCUAAUUAUCUACAUGGUAGCACAUAGACAAUAUUAAAUAUCA